CGCCGCCUCUGUCCACGCGUUCGUUCGUCGAUGUCAUCCUUCGUGGACGUGCUCCUCCGCCAACGUGUUUCGUCGCCUUCGAUCGCCAUUUCGGUCGCCAUCGUCGUCGCGGCUCCACGACCACUGCCCCGUCAUCUGCAUCGUCCACAUUGUCCUCCGUCCAUGUGGAAGCACUGGGAAGCAGUCACAGGCGUCCUUCUUCCGCGCACUCUUUCGUCGAAGGAAGCCUUCGUUUACGUGGUCGUUGUUGCCGAUUUGCGGACCAGAUGCCCCCACGGGGAGUCUCAGCGAGGGGCAGGAAAGAUGGCGGGGUGGGCGACGGUGGGGAAACCAACAAAGGGAGAGGCCACAUACCGAAGUGGAAAAGGCAGCGCAUCGAUGACGCGAGCUCCUCACAAACUGAGGACUUCCUCACAGACGAAGUGGCUAUGGUGGACGCGCAAGGGACGACAGGGGUCGUGAGGUUGGGUUUCAGGCGGGAUGGAGUGUCGAGGGAGCAGCUGCAAGCAGCGAGACGCAGCGUUGUUGGCAGUGCUGCCGGGACGGUGCCAAGGUCCCCAAACACGGCAGGGGUUGUCGUCACGGCCGUGCGGGUCGCGGGACAAAUUUUGGCGGCGGCAGGCCAAGGUCAGCCACGUCAGCCACUCCCCCUGCAACACGUGUUGGCGACAGGGGGAGGGCACAUGGCGACCACGCAAAAGGGCGACACGACGGCUACCGCCAGUCAGACGGCGGCGGCAGACCACAAAGCUAAAGGCAGAGUCGUCGAAGGCGCGGAAAGGGUGGGGUUCGACGACAUUGGCCGUGACGAUGGCCGAAGAGACGGAAAGCGGGAGGGCAAUGACGGCGACGACCGUCCACUUGUGUCGAGGGGGAAGGGAGCGCCGAAGGAGGACGAGCUGCAAGAGAAGGCCAAGUUGUGGGUUGAUUGCGACGCUUUCUGGGGUCAGGGCCCCGGGAAACCUCUGAGGGAGGCGGUAGGCGAAUGCACCGACUACUUCGUCGCCGUCGCCAACGGAGACGCAGGAGCUGAGCCACCUUCGAUGCUCAUCAUGCCGCCGAACGAUGUGCCUCGCUUCAAGAUCGACGACCCGGCGCAGCGUGAACCGGCUCUCCGCAGAGCRMGCAGCGUGGAGAGAGUAGUGCUGCGCACCAUCCACGGUUGGAUCUUUAAAUCGCAGUCGAGGUGGACUGGCUUCUGUCGUGCAGAGUCCUACAUCACGGUCGACUUCGCCACGGACCUCGCAUGAGCAGUUUGGCAGGCCUUGGAAUGGU